GACGUCACCGCCUGACAAAGUUCAAAGAGGCACGCGAGCGCUUCCGUGUUUGGAUCCGUGGCGCAAGGACACAUUAAAUCGUAUCAUGGCGCGGUUGUUGAGGAGCAGUUUAUUAAGGAGUUAUAUCACCACCCAGAUCCGUAUGAGCUCUGACCAGCUUGGUGAACUGGGGAAAGGUGCAGGUAAAGGUGGUGGAGGUGGCGGCUCUAUCCGGGAAGCCGGCGGAGCCUUCGGGAAGAAAGAAGCAGCUGAAGAGGAGCGUUACUUCAGGCAGAAGGAAAAGGAGCAGCUGGCUGCACUGAAACAGCACCACCAGGAUGAGAUCGAGCACCAUAAGAAGGAGAUCGAGCGCCUGCAGCGCGAGAUCGACCGCCACAAGGGCAAAAUCAGAAAACUCAAACACGAUGACUAAGCUGCCAUGUAUACGUUUGUCUUUCUACCCAAAAUGAUAUGACUCCUUCUCCGAGAAGCAGCUCUGCACACACUAUAAUCUGUAUGUGCAGUCACAAAUAAAACUUCUAGGAUAUUU